GUUUCAGAUGAGUACGAGAGUGUGCUUCCCAGGUGUUUUUCACUGGGUUUCCGUAAGCUUCCAAGUCCGUCAGACUCCGUCUUACCGGCAUUUCCAAGUGCUUGCAACUCCUUGAAUGCACACGGUUGUGCCACGGCGACUCCUUGCACAGCCUAGCUACCGUUAAUACUGCUCUCUCAGCCAAUUUUGUUCCCUGUAUUUCCUGUGCAAUAGCUUGCAACUUCCCAGCAUCAACUUGUCACGAUUUAUAUCAUCCCCAUCAUGAUUGAACCGAGGAUCUUCGAUCAGAAUGACGAACACCUUGAUGCGUCGGAACCGCCCAAGACCCAUCUUUUACAUCCACCAGUGUUGCGAAUCAACACCAAUACAAUAUCGGACACGAAACAUGUUUUGCGUGAGCGUACCAAUACCACAGUGGCACCAAAGGACACCAUUUCUCCAGAUAUAUCGGCUAACGUAUACUACACACCUAAUUCUAGCCGUGUAUGCGGCAGGCCCAGUCCCAUCAUGAAGCCUAACCGCUCCAAUAGGGCUACUUCUAUAUGUGGAUCCCCUACGGACUCUUUACGUCGCCAACGACGCUACUCCAUAGCGGAACAGGCCUUGGAGUAUGCACUUAAGAGAUGCGCAAGCGAACGGUCACCUCGAGAACUUCAGAUUCUUGCUUUGGAAAAGGCGAAAACUGCGCUGAGUACACGUGCGAAUGAAUCCAGGGACCGUGCUGCCAAGUUAAGGGUUUGUCUCGCGGAUAGAGAGGUCGAUCCCGAGAGCUACGCAGCCCUGCAAUCGGAUCGCUGGAUGGAAGAACGACGGCAGUUUGAAGCAGACCGUGAGGUUUGCCAAUUGAGUCAGCAUUUGGCUUCACUCAAGUUGAAGGGGGGCGUGCCGGAGCAAGGAAGGUUUGACGAGAAUCUUCCAGUUACACCCCUCGACAACGAGGCGAGACGCCGGGCUAAUCUUGUUAGAUUUUUCGAACGAUCCCCCACGAGGACAUCAUUUCACAUCCGCCAUAAGUGCAGGCCUUUUUUCGUCGACUGCACCUUCUCACGCCGGAUAACCAUGAGCGACAUUUCACCCCUUCGACUCCGUCCGUCAACCAGUGCCAUUCGGAGGUUCACAACACAGAAUGCCCGUCCAAAAUCAAUUGGUGAUGAGCCAUCUGUUCUUCCUAGACACUCCAGCAAACAACGGGUCGCAAGCGGGCCAUCUAGACCCUCCUCACUAGUUAGACAUAUGGGUUCUUUCAAUGCCGAAAAAAGUUCAUCUUUGUCGCAUUUAUCAACCCCUUCAUCUCGCUUGCUCUCAUUUAAUGAACUCGCUGAUGACGUGACGACUUCCACACGGCCAUCGACUCCUCCAUUAUCCAUUGCAUCGACGUCUUCAAAUGGGGCAUCACAUGUAUCACGUGUGCCAUCAGAGACGCCACCACAAGCGCCUUCGGGAGGCGUGGCGACGAUUUACGCAACUUCCUCGCCACGCUCGCAUAUGGAAAUCCUUGCAGAAUUAGACGAGGACUCGGUCCGCGUGCCUGAGUACGCUGUGAACCUAUUAGAGGGGUUCGAUCUCAUUCACCACGAUAUCACUCUUCCAGAGAGAAAUCUCUCCUUAAAGCCGAGGGAGGAGGAGCCCGCAGCAGAAGUACCCCGUCCAUCGGAGGAAUCGGACACAGGGCCUUAUACGUCAUUCGCUCUCCCUCCGUUCCAACCGGACCCAUUGUGGUCCCACACAUCACUCAAUGCGCCUUCCACACCCCGAUCGCACGUACCAACACUGCAUCCUCUUUCUUCUGGAUCAUCAACGCCCUCAGGCUUGAGCACGCCGACGGGGACGCGGCCCCCUGCUCCGCCCUCACGGCCACACUCGCUCCUGUUUCUCAUGCGGAAGCGCAAGGACUUGCAGUACAGCCCAGCAUCAUCAACAUCGUCAAUGCUAGACAGGGACAGUGCGCGGGGAUCGAAGCGGCGAUUUAUGUUGUUCGCGAGGAAGUAGACGGACAUGAUGCGCGUUUUGGACUUGAUCUGCAUGUAUUUACGGAAUUGCGCAAUUUUUUUUUUCAAG